AGCCGGCCGUGACCGCGAGGCGCAGGCAAGAGCCACCGCCCCCUCUUCCCCUCCCCCGAGUGAGGCGGCGCGGCGGUCCGAGAGGGAUGGGGGGCGCCAGCCCAGUCUGAGCCUCGCGGCGGGCGGCUUCGGCUCCCGCCGCGCCGCUGACCCCCAGUGCCCACCCUGGACCCCAGGAGCCUCCGCCCAGCGGGUGCACCGGGACUGGCAAGGAAGGGGCGCUUGCCUUGGUGGGUGGGGCGCGGAGGGUACCUGAGGUCGCCGGCUCGGAGCUAGAGGCAGGGGCGACCGCGGAACUGCAGACCUGCAGGGUCUACUCGACCCUUAACCUCAGCCGGAGAAGUAACUAUUGUGAAACAUGUUGCAUAAGCAUUCAAGAAGUGGCUGAAGGAGGAAGGAUUAAAGUGCCACUGCCUAUCAGAAAAGAAACAAAACAUGGGAAAUACAACCACCAAAUUCCGUAAAGCACUCAUCAAUGGUGAUGAAAACCUGGCCUGCCAAAUAUAUGAAAACAACCCUCAGCUAAAAGAAUCUCUUGAUCCAAAUACAUCUUAUGGGGAGCCCUACCAGCACAAUACUCCAUUGCACUAUGCUGCUAGACAUGGAAUGAAUAGAAUAUUAGGGACUUUUCUUUUUGGUAGAGAUGGAAAUCCAAAUAAACGAAAUGUGCACAAUGAAACAUCUAUGCAUUUGUUGUGUAUGGGACCUCAAAUUAUGAUCUCUGAAGGAGCCCUUCAUCCUCGCUUAGCACGCCCUGCGGAAGAUGAUUUCAGAAGAGCAGAUUGUCUGCAGAUGAUUUUAAAAUGGAAAGGAGCAAAACUUGACCAAGGCGAAUAUGAGAGAGCAGCCAUUGAUGCCGUUGAUAACAAAAAAAACACACCCCUGCACUAUGCAGCUGCCUCAGGGAUGAAAGCCUGUGUGGAGCUUUUAGUAAAGCAUGGAGGAGACUUGUUUGCAGAAAAUGAAAAUAAAGAUACCCCUUGUGACUGUGCUGAAAAGCAACAUCACAAAGAUUUGGCCCUCAAUCUGGAAUCUCAGAUGGUAUUCUCACGGGAUCCCGAAGCUGAAGAAAUAGAGGCUGAAUAUGCUGCUUUAGAUAAACGAGAGCCAUAUGAAGGAUUAAGGCCUCAGGAUCUUCGCAGAUUGAAAGAUAUGCUAAUUGUGGAAACUGCAGACAUGCUUCAGGCUCCUCUAUUUACUGCUGAAGCUUUACUUCGAGCUCAUGAUUGGGACAGGGAGAAAUUACUUGAAGCUUGGAUGUCAAACCCAGAAAACUGCUGCCAACGAUCAGGUGUUCAAAUGCCAACUCCACCACCAAGUGGGUACAAUGCCUGGGACACACUCCCUUCUCCAAGAACUCCAAGGACUACUCGCUCUUCUGUCACCUCUCCAGAUGAAAUCAGUUUAUCUCCUGGGGAUUUAGACACCAGUUUGUGUGACAUUUGUAUGUGCAGUAUUUCUGUAUUUGAAGACCCAGUGGAUAUGCCCUGUGGACAUGACUUCUGUAGAGGAUGUUGGGAGUCGUUUUUGAAUCUGAAAAUUCAAGAAGGUGAAGCUCACAAUAUUUUCUGCCCAGCAUAUGAUUGCUUCCAGCUUGUGCCUGUGGAUAUCAUAGAAAGUGUUGUGUCUAAAGAGAUGGACAAACGAUAUCUGCAAUUUGAUAUUAAGGCUUUCGUUGAAAAUAAUCCUGCCAUUAAAUGGUGUCCUACUCCAGGCUGUGAAAGAGCAGUUAGACUAACAAAGCAAGGGUCAAAUACGUCUGGAUCUGAUACGCUCAGCUUCCCAUUGCUAAGAGCUCCUGCUGUGGACUGUGGGAAAGGACAUCUAUUCUGCUGGGAGUGCCUUGGUGAAGCACAUGAGCCUUGUGACUGCCAAACAUGGAAAAACUGGCUACAAAAAAUAACUGAAAUGAAACCAGAAGAGCUUGUGGGAGUUAGUGAAGCUUAUGAAGAUGCUGCCAAUUGUCUCUGGUUGUUAACAAACUCCAAGCCUUGUGCUAACUGUAAGUCUCCGAUACAGAAGAAUGAAGGCUGCAAUCACAUGCAGUGUGCUAAGUGCAAGUAUGAUUUUUGCUGGAUUUGCCUAGAAGAAUGGAAAAAACAUAGUUCUUCCACUGGAGGCUAUUACAGAUGUACUCGCUACGAAGUCAUUCAGCACGUGGAAGAGCAAUCCAAGGAAAUGACUGUGGAGGCUGAGAAAAAACACAAACGAUUUCAGGAACUUGACAGAUUUAUGCACUAUUACACAAGAUUUAAAAACCAUGAGCAUAGUUAUCAGUUAGAGCAACGCCUUCUUAAAACAGCCAAAGAAAAGAUGGAGCAAUUGAGUAGAGCUCUCAAAGAAACUGAAGGAGGCUGUCCAGAUACCACUUUCAUUGAAGAUGCAGUUCAUGUGCUCUUAAAAACUCGACGUAUUCUCAAGUGUUCUUAUCCUUACGGAUUUUUCUUAGAACCCAAAAGCACAAAGAAAGAAAUUUUUGAACUAAUGCAAACAGACCUAGAAAUGGUCACAGAAGACCUUGCCCAAAAAGUCAAUAGGCCUUAUCUUCGCACACCUCGCCACAAGAUCAUCAAGGCAGCAUGCCUUGUGCAGCAGAAGAGGCAAGAGUUCUUGGCAUCCGUGGCUCGGGGAGUGGCUCCUGCAGACUCACCAGAAGCUCCAAGGCGCAGCUUUGCUGGUGGAACAUGGGAUUGGGAAUAUUUAGGAUUUGCAUCACCCGAGGAAUAUGCUGAAUUUCAGUAUCGGAGGAGACACAGACAACAGCGUCGUCGAGGAGACGUGCACAGUCUGCUCAGUAAUCCUCCUGACCCUGAUGAGCCCAGUGAAAGCACUUUAGAUAUUCCAGAAGGUGGCAGUGGCCGCAGGCCUGGCACAUCCGUGGUGAGUUCUGCAUCCAUGAGUAUUCUGCACAGCUCUUCCCUGCGUGACUAUACCCCAGCCAGCCGCUCUGAAAACCAGGACUCUCUUCAGGCUCUGAGUUCCUUGGAUGAAGAUGAUCCCAAUAUACUUCUUGCAAUUCAGUUAUCACUGCAAGAGUCUGGGCUGGCCAUUGAUGAAGAAACUAGAGACUUCCUCAAUAAUGAAGCAUCCCUAGGAGCAAUAGGCACUUCUUUACCUUCCAGGCUGGACUCUGUCCCCAGGAAUAUAGAUAGCCCUCGGGCCGCCUUGAGUAGCUCAGAGCUAUUGGAACUUGGUGAUAGCCUUAUGAGACUAGGAGCAGAAAGUGACCCAUUUUCAACUGACACCUUGAGUUCACACCCUCUCAGUGAGGCAAGAAGUGAUUUCUGUCCCUCUUCCAGUGAUCCUGACUCAGCUGGCCAGGACCCCAACAUCAAUGACAAUCUUCUUGGUAAUAUUAUGGCUUGGUUUCAUGACAUGAACCCUCAGAGUAUUGCCCUGAUUCCUCCAGCAACUACAGAAAUCAGUGCAGAUUCCCAGCUCCCCUGUGUCAAAGAUGGGUCAGAAGGUGUGAGGGACGUGGAACUGAUGCCACCAGAAGAAGACUCGGUGUUUGAGGAUGCCAGUGUCAGUGAAGGUAGAAGAACUCAGAUAGAAGAAAAUCCUUUGGAAGAAAAUACUGUGGUCGGGGAAGCAGCAUCUCAAGUUGGUGACAGUGGUAAUGAGACAGUCAACAAACCAGAUGGUUCAGAUGUUUCAAGUCAAACACCUCAAACCUCAAGUGACUGGCUUGAACAAGUACAUUUAGUGUGAACUGCACAUAUCUGGGCUAUAAAUGAAUCGCAGGUACAGAUGGUAUGUGAGGUAGAGUUUGCUUUAUAGAGACUUUGGUCCACUUAAUUCCAAUUCAAUUAUUAACCACUGACAUAGGGGUUAAAUACAAAGGCAUUCCCUUGAAUGGUAGCUUCAUUUUCUAUUUUAACCUUACAGGGAAUUUCUUUUGUAUUUAAUUGGUUAGCUUUUCCCUUUUUUGCUGACAAAAGAGAGGAGAGAAAAACACAAAUGGAAUAGAUUGUAUUCCACAUUUCAAGAAAAUGAGUCCUCUUGUUAGCCUAGGGUUGGCAGUACUUAACACUUACAGGCUUACUCCCUAAUCUUUGGGUAGCUUUCCUUUUAAAACAAUUUUUUUUUUUAGAAGUUCAUUUUGGGCAUACCUUGUAAUAUGUAUGCCCUCAGUCUCCUUUUGCUCUUCCAUAACUUACUUCCUUUUUUUUUUCUAAGCAGUGUGAAUUGAGGUAUUCAAGACUUCUCUUUAGUUCUGCAUCCACCACAGUGUAAUUAGUUUUACUUUUCACAUGAAUCAAAGAUUUCUCAUGUCUAUUUACAGUCCAUUUGUGCCAAACUCCAAGUCUUGUGUUGACUAACAAGGCAUUGAGGUGUGCUGUGUCCUAGAGUGUUCCGGGGCCAUGUCAGCGUUCUCGGUCUCGGGAGUAAAGGUGCCACUCAGUAGCAGUGAUAUUCCAGAAUUUAAUGGGCUUUUGUUGCCAUGGAGACUGCAUUUAAAUAAAUGUAGCCUGUAGCUUAAGUUAACUAAACCUAAUGCUGCUGUUAAAAACAGUUUAUUUUAAUAUUAAAAUACAGUUGAUUAGCAACAGCGGUGCUGUAUUUUAAGAGACACUUUAUUGGAAGUGCAAUCAUAGUUCUUUGUUUCCACAAUUUUACAGUGCAUUCUAAUUACUAAUGGGUGCAAUUACUUUUAAUGGUAAGUGUUUUAUAAAAUAGAAAAAAGUGGAGUUUUCAUGAGUUACAGAGUAAAUCCCACAAUUAUUAAAUAAUUCAAUAAAACAUCCUGCGCAACAUGUUACCGUGCCUUUGCCUAAACUGAAUGGAUAGUUGCCAGUUAAGUAAGUGAGUAAUUCAAAUCUCAAUGUCUCUUCUGAAGUAACUAUGCUAUGAAUUGCAAAGACCUCCAUAAAACCACCCAUGGCCUUGCCUUUACAGUAACUAUAACAACUACAUGUUCAAUCGGUUUGUUUGCCUAAAUAGCAAAUGCUGACAUGUGUUUGUUCUAUUGCACAAUACUCAUUUGCUGUGUGAUUACUGUUUAGUGUUGAAAAAAUCAACUUCCUAGUUAUCAGUGUCUUACUGUGAAGAAAAUACUGGUCUUAGUUGUAAUUAAGAUAACAAUGGUACAGUGUGUAAUUAAAACUAGAGUAAAAUGUUGGAAUGGCUGUUUUACUUACAUAUUAUCAAAAUUAGCAUAACAUAAGCAAAAAUAGAUGCACACAAUACUCCCUUCAACAUUUUGCCAGAUUGUUACCAGAAAUCUACAAAAAUUUCAGUACUGAGAUUGUACAGGCAAGCCCUGGGCUGGGUAAAAGGUAUAUUAGUAUUGAUUUUUUUUUUUUUUUUUUUUUUUUGGUAAGUUGUGAUUACGGUUUUUGUUACUUUAUUUUUCCCUUUCCAAACCCUACUUUUGAAAUACUCUUGUACUUUCAAUUCAUAUGGCUAGGAUAUUACAUUAUUAAAGUAUUUGGUAUGUCUCGCGUUCUCUAGGAUAAACUAUGGGAAUUGCUCUCAAGCCAUGGAUAUCAGAGAUCUGCAUGAGUUUGUAUUUCUCCAGUUAUCAGAAACAUUGAUAUCAAUCCCUAUGAAACUUAGCAGGGGAAAAUUCUGACUUUACCUACAGUGUUUCACUGUAUAUUAAACUGAAAGAGUCCAUUAAAGGAUUUUUUUUUUUACAACUUUAUUUUGGAUUAAAAAUAUUACCACCAGUAAGUUUUUAGACAAGGCAGUAGUUUUUCAAUAGAAAGAGGGUGCAUCCCACUGAGGUGCCGCGCACAGCUGCAGGAAGGUGAGAGUGCCCUGUGGCAAGGCAGUGUAUGGGGGGUGGGGGGUGGUCCGCUUUCUUUGCACCUCGUGCAGUAUCCUUUGUUCCUGUGCUGUUCUCUCCUCAGCAUGAAAGAUGAUCACUAUCCAGUUUGUAUUUCCUCGGUACAUAUUUUAAAAACAACACAGUCAUUGACUUUACAAUUCAGUAAUAAAGUUUGGCAAAGCCUAUUUUGUAAACAAGUUAAUUUUAUAAUGUAAAAACGAAAACAGUUACUCUAACCUUGACUUGUUAUUUGCACUUUCAUAGUCUAUACUUGAUACAUUCCCACUUUAUAUACAGUAGGAUUCUACAAACGUGUAGAUGUUUGGCCAAAUGAAUGCUGUUAAUAAUAUGUUUUAAGAAAAAAAAAACUUUGAUUAAACAUUUAUUACUUAAA